UAAGCUUACAAUCAGCAAAAUAAAGGAAUGCUAGGAAAAUGACUGAGAAACUACCAUCGACUGUAUUGGCAUUAUUUGCUCCUAGACCUCCUUUAAGAUAUUUACCUCCUACUGAUGCUCCGCCAGAAAAGCGUUCAACUCCUCACCUUUCUGGAGUUGCAAAAUAUUUGCAACUAGCGAAGACGUAUAAUGAUGAUUAUCAGCCUACGGAGACUCUAGAGGAGAGUAGGAUUCGUCGUAAGGAAGAAAGAAAACUAAAGCAACGUGAAAGAUUGCGAUCGAUGACCCGACAAUGGAACCCUGAUGAUGACCGACAUGUUAUCGGUGAUCCCUACAAAACCUUGUUUAUUGGGAGAUUGAGCUACGCUACAAGGGAAGGAGACAUCGAAAAAGAACUUAUACGUUACGGUCCAAUUGAAAGAGUUCGCGUCGUUAGGGAUAAAAGUACCGGAAAGUCAAGAGGAUACGCAUUUGUGGUUUUUGAACGAGAACGUGAUCUUAAGGCUGCUUAUCGAGCUGCAGAUGGGUUGAUACUACAAGGAAGAAGGAUUGUUAUUGACGUUGAACGCGGUCGUACUGUGAAAGGUUGGUUGCCUCGAAAACUAGGAGGUGGUUUAGGCGGUAGACACUACACUAAAGAACGCCCACCUCGUGAACGGGGAUCAAGAUAUAGAGGAGAAAGCGGUUUUCGUGGAGGAUACCGUGGUUUUCGAGGCGGUCCUCCUCCCACUGGCUCUUCGUUGUCUUCAAGAAUGUCAGGCUCUCGUUCUUCUCGCACAGCAGGUUUGGGUUAUGAAAGGCGUGAUUCUUUUCCAAAACGCAGGAGAUACUAAUAGCAAUCUAAUUUCGACUGGAUAUAAAUCGGUGAAGCAUAACGCCAUUACCUACUAUUCCAUUCCUGACAUGAUUCAUAAUGACUAUAUAACCUAUAAUGAAGUUUUGCAUAUCUUCUUUCUUUAAUCUGUUUAAAAUUUAGUUAGAAUCAACUUAAAAAUGCGUCCAUAGUACUUUUCAUAUAAGAAAUUACAAGGUACUGCCGAUUUUAUUCUCUGCUCAUGAA